AUGCUAUAUACAGUUGUUGAGCUAGACGUUCCUCGGCUUCUUAUUGAGCCAAAGCCUUUUUCUCAGCUCGCUUUGCUGAGGAUUUUUCUCAUUUGACCAAGAAACUGGCAACUGGUCAAAUUCUCCUAUGUCAGAAAUUUUACUGGAUGACAAAAUCAACACUAUGGUAAGGUGGCUUGGGAACCCCUUCGAGAUUGAGCCAUUAGCCAAAUUCGCAGACUCAGUAAAGCAGCAUACAUCAGCCACUGAGCUGCACUUUGAACGUCGUUAUUUUUAGUACCUGGAAGCUCAUCCUGAGACUUUCCAAAUUUUUCAAAAAUUCAUGUCAGCUUUCACUUUGACCUCUGGAGACUGUUACAAAAUGUUGAUCUUUCAGGCUCUAAUAGAAUUCUUGACGUGGGCGGCGGAGAUGGAUCACUUCUCAUUGAGCUUCUGAGGUGGAAUCCUCAUAUAAAUGGAGCAGUUUAUGACCUUUUGGAUGUUACAUCAAAAGCAGAGAAAAAAUUUACUGAGCAUGAUUUACAAGAAAAAUUAGUGUAA